GGAUUUAUUUGACGGUCGACUUUGAUCUUCCUUUUACACUUGGAACUUUGUAUCUACGAGCGAAAGCUUGACUUUGAGUUCGAGUUUACAUUUUACAUUUUAUAUAUUGUAUUAUAUAUUUUACAUCUCGAGAGCGUGUUGUUUUUCUCGGAUGGGAGUGGAUGAAAAUUGAUUGUGCUGUUUUGAUUGGUCGAUUAACUUACUUGAUCGAUUAAUUGAUUGAUCAUAAAUUGGAUUCCAUUUGCGGCUGGCCUUACGACAAACACAACAACAACCCAACUCCUGAAUCGGGACUUGUUACUAUAGUAAGACCAUUACCCACAGAAUCCGAAACUCAAAAUAUACGACAACGUGACGAAUCGACCUAGCGACUUUUUUAACGAACAAGGGAAAAGCGCAUCGCUUCUUUCGUGAUACGACUGUUCUGAGAUUCGUCUCAUCAUUACAGUAGCACCACAUAAGUCAUCCAAAAGUCAAAACGGAUCAUCAUGAAUUGUCCAUCGAGAACAGAUGAGCCGUUGGAAGGCGAUGGAUAUAAUCAGAACCCGAACGCCUUGGCAAACGAUCUUACCACCCGGGAAGAUUUGAACGGUCGAGCAAACGGAAGAGCAUUGAGGAGAAGUUUGGAGGACGAAGGCGUAGAGUCAAUUCAUGAUCUGGUGGAGGAUUCUGGAGAUGGGAAGGCGACGGGGAGUGCGAAGGGUGUUGGAGGGGGGGCUGGGGGGGAUAGGGGCGGUGGGGUUGGAGGGAGAGGCGGUGGAGAUGGGAAGAGUGGUCACGUGGUUGGACCUUCGGUUGAAACUCUCGAUAUCAGAGACCAAUCGAGAAGGGGAAGGGGAGCAGAGUGUGGAAGAAGUUUUCUCCAUGUCUCGAAAGAACAACUCGUGAAGAUGAAGCAAGUCAUGGUCAAAUUUGCAAAAUUCGUGGGUCCGGGCUUCAUGGUUGCCGUGGCAUAUAUUGAUCCGGGAAAUUAUGCGACAGAUGUUGCUGCCGGUGCAACUUAUCGAUUUAAGUUGCUGUUUAUUGUGUUGAUGUCAAAUAUCUUUGCAAUCUUUCUGCAAAGUCUUUGUAUCAAGUUGGGUACUGUUAGUGGAUUGAAUCUGGCGGAGGCCUGUAGAGCUUUCUUGCCAAAAUGGAUGAAUUAUGCCUUAUAUAUUUUGGCUGAGGGUGCAAUUAUCGCUACAGAUAUUGCAGAGGUGAUUGGUACAGCUAUCGCUAUCAAUCUUCUAAUCCCUCAAAUACCCUUGGUUGCUGGUUGUGCUUUGUCGAUCCUGGAUGUUUUGAUUCUUCUUAUAUUUUAUCCUGGAAAUGGUGAAAUGAAGAGAUUGAGAUAUUUCGAAAUAUUUGUGGCGGCAUUGGUGUUGGGUGUUGUUGUUUGCUUUUGCAUUCAAUUAUCACUCAUCAAAGAUACUUCGGUGGGAGAAGUUUUUAAGGGAUAUUUGCCUUCCAAAGCAAUUGUAGAACAAAAGGGACUCUAUCAAGCAUGUGGUAUUCUAGGAGCAACUGUCAUGCCUCACAGUCUUUACUUAGGAAGCGGUAUUGUCCAACCACGACUCCUCGAUUAUGACAAGCAGAAUAAUAUUGUCAAAAAAGAUUUCGACCUAGGUACCAAGGAAACAUACUACCCUUCUCUCCCUGCCAUCAAAUUCUGUCUCAAAUACUCCUACGCCGAGCUAGCAAUUUGUCUCUUCACUUUCGCUCUCUUUGUCAAUUCCGCGAUUCUCAUCGUAGCCGGAUCAGCUCUCUAUAACAAUCCUGCUGCUCCAGAGGCGGAUCUUUUCGGUAUUUAUGAUCUACUCGUGUCGAGUAUCUCGAAAGGUGCUGGAACCAUUUUUGCUCUCGCUCUAUUACUAUCGGGUACCAGUGCUGGCAUUGUUUGUACUAUCGCCGGACAAAUGGUUUCAGAAGGUGCAUUGAACUGGACUAUUAGGCCUUGGUUGCGACGUCUCGUAACGAGAAGUCUGAGUAUCACACCUAGUAUUAUCAUUGCCGGAGCCGUUGGUCGUGAAGGUCUAUCAGCUGCUUUGAACGCUAGUCAAGUAGCUCUUAGUAUUGUUCUUCCAUUUGUUACUGCGCCGCUUAUCUAUUUCACUUGUCGUAAUAAAUAUAUGACAGUGAGAUGUCAGGGGAGACCAAAUGCUUUCGGAAAUGAUGACGAGAAUGCGAGAGGAAAUGGGGAUGCAACGAUGGAAAGUGAAAGUGUGUAUGAGCAUGAAGGUGCGGGUCUGGGGGUUGAUAUGGGCGAGGGAACGAAAAUGAGAAAUCAUUGGAUUACGGCGGCCGUGGCGGGAGUCAUUUGGACGAUUAUGGCUGCAAUGAAUGUGGCUAAUUUGGUUCUGCUUGGGAAGGGUGAUGGUGUGUGAGGUAUUGUUAGGGGUAGGAUUUGUAAAGGGGAGAGGCGGGCAUGGGGAGUGGGGGAGAGAAAAUGGUAGUUUGUAGUUGAGUGUGGUGGAGAAUGGGUUUAUGAGGUUGAGGGGAAGAAAUUGAGGAGGGGCGUGUUGGAUGGAGGGAUGGAGGGAUGGAGGGAUGGAGGGAUGGAUGACGAUGACAAUAAUUAAGAGCAGCACAGUGCUAAGAAUUAUUCCUGCCUACUUGGAGUAAUGGCAUGCAUCAUCACUACAGUAUAUACAAACGCAAAUAGUUAGCUAUUCAUACCUACCAAAUGUGCUUGAAUACGAACAUAAAAUUGUCAUGGAACCUCGA